GGAAUGUAGGCAGUACUUAACAAGAAGGCUGAAAGAGUUGCACUAGCAGACAAGAGGCCUGCCUUACCUUCGAAAGAACUUGCUUGGAGGGGCUCUUGGCAAGUGAAGCGGUGUGGCCUCCUCCAGUACAAUAUUCCCAGUUUUAAUUCAGGUAGAAGUGUUUCUGAAGACAUCUUGCUGUUGAACUGUCCGUUCAGCCCCUGAGGUUACCACGAGCAUCAAUGGAGACUGUUGUGAUUGUAGCUAUUGGGGUAUUGGCAACCAUCUUCCUGGCUUCUUUUGUGGCUCUGGUUGUGGUAUGUAGGCAGCGUUACUGCCGACCCAAGAACUUCUUGAGUCAUUAUGAUACCAGGCCUAUUGUUGACCUAACUGGCACCAUGGAGACACAGUCUGAACCCUCUGAAUUGGAGAUGGAUGAUGUGGUAAUAACAAACCCACAUAUUGAAGCAAUCCUGGCAAAUGAGGACUGGAUUGACGACGCUUCGGGCCUGGUCUCUCACUGCAUUGCUAUCCUAAAGAUCUGCCACACUCUCACCGAGAAGCUUGUUGCCAUGACAAUGGGGUCAGGAGCUCAAAUGAAAUACCCAGCAAGCCUGAAUGACAUUAUUGUGGUGGCCAAACGAAUCAGCCCAAGGGUAGAUGAUGUGGUCCGAUCUAUGUAUCCACCACUGGACCCCAAGCUGUUAGAUGCCAGGACGACGGCGCUGCUGCUCUCGGUGAGUCACUUGGUGCUGAUCACUCGGCAUGCAUGUCAGUUCCCCAGCCGCAUGGACUGGAUCGACCAAUCCUUGUCCGCGGCGGAAGAGCAUGUGAGCGUACUGCGUGAGGCAGCCCUGGCUUCGGAAGCGGAGCGAGUUCCUUCUGGGUCGGAAGGCUUUCUGCAGGAGCAGUCUACAAUUUGAGAACAAGGGAAAGAGGAGAGGGGACUUGUGUCAUAAAUGGCUCUGUGGUUCCUCUUCUUCAUAGAGCAUCGCUGAUGAUUUGGCAUAAUGACUGUUAUCCUGAGGAUGACAGAAGCGAGCGCCCCCUCGACUGUUCUAGUCUUGCAUCUGGAUUAGUGACUGUGAGAUAUAAUCGUGCUGGAGAAGGUAGAACGGGGAAGGAGGACAUAGUAUUAUCGUUAGUACUUUUUGUCUGCAGUCAGAAAUAUUUUUGCUAUGGCAUUUGUUAUUUGUAGUUAAAGCCAAGCAAAAAAAAGGAGGGAGUUAUAUAGAGAUAGUCCUCGACUUAAGACCACAAUGGAGCCCAAAAUUUCUUUUGCUAAGCAAGGCAGAUGUUAGAUAUUUUGCUCCAUUUUAUUAUUUUUCUUGCUGCCAUUGUUAAGCAAAUCACUGCAGGUGUUAAGUUUGUAAUAUGGUUGUUAAGUGAAUCUGACUUCCCCAUUGACUUAUCAGAAUAUUAUAAAAGGUGAUCACAUAAUCACUGGGACGCUGCAAUCCUCAUAAAUAUAUGCCAGUUGCAAAAUGUCCGAAUUUUGAUCACGUGAUCAUGGGGAUAGUGCAAUGGUUGUAAGUGUGAAAAAUGAUGUCAUUUUUUUCUCUGCUGUUGUGACUUAAUGGUCAGUAAACAAAUGGUUGUAAGUCGAGGACUACCUAUACCAAAACUCACAUGGGUAGUUAAGUGACAAUCGCCUAUGAUUACAGCUCGUAACCCCUGGGCCUUGGUGUCUUUGAUAGCAAUUCCCCUAUCCAUUAUUUACUUGAUUCUGAAACAUUUUCCAGUUUCUGCAAAACCGAUUCUACAGUUCUUUUAACUCAUAUUUUCUUUCUAUAUGAAAAUAAUGUGUACAGUGUAAAUUAGGAGAUUAUAGAGGAAUGAACAGCUGAUUGCAUCAGUAAAUUCCUCUUGCACAAUUGCAGGUUGAACUUGAAACCAUUCAGAUGUAUAUAGAGUGAGUUUCCCUCUCAUUCAGACAUGUAAUAAAUAAUUCUCUUCAUGUAUUCAAUAUCUUCUAUUGCUAAUAUUAAUGUAUGACAAAAAUCUCUUUUCUUACGAAGAUACAUCUGAAUGCUAGAUAGCUAAGCUUUAACUAGAAUAUCUAUUGUUCACCCAAGUACUUCCAGACUGGGACCUUUCCUGGUUUGCCCUUUGCACAGAUUUUUGUUUACAUAUUCCUAUACUACCCUUUAUCACUACCACUUUCAUGUAAACAUAAUAAAAAAUUAUAGCUUCAACCAUUUCAGUUUGAAAAGGAAGUAUUUAUUGACCAAGUUGAAUCUUGCUUGCUUAGGCUGCUCAUAGUAAUCAGCAGCAUUAUUGAAAAAGAUUAAUACACAUACAUGCAAUGCAGAUAAUGAAAUCAUUGUCCACUUUUGACAAAAAUCUGUCUUUUCUAAUUUUUAACCUUACAGAUAUACUAAACUACAGCUUCCAUAACUCUAAGCCUUAAUUCUGUUUCACUACAAAAUAACUGCUGGAAUAAUUGCAACAUAAUUUAAAAAUUAACUAUGUAAAACGAUGCAUUCCAGAGUGUGUAAUUGCAGAGUUCUCUCACUGAAAACAGUCACAUUUUCUGCACAAGCUUAUAUUGCUUAGAUAUUAUUUUCCUAUAACUUUCCUAAAGGAAUCGUACAUGGAUCAAGCUAUGUUUUGCUGAGUUUACGUUUGCAGAGUUCUGCCAACAUUUGGAGGAAUAGUUGAAAUGCUGGUUGCUACCAUUUAUAGAAAUUGGCAACAUUGUAAAACAUUUCUCUACUUUUGAGAGCAUUCAAUAGUCUCAGAAAAGACACAGAGUAGGGGUCAACAUACAGACAACAAAUAUAAUGUUGAUAAUUGUUUUUUGCCAACUCAAGGAUAGGACUUUCAUUCAGCACAGGUCAGAUCCCAAUGUAACUUGUUAAUGGCCACUUCAACGUCAAAAAGGAAACGAUGUUUAGAAUAUCUUAAAUGUCAUUGUCUGACAUUUAUAUUAUCAUCACAUACAUCAUCAUGUAUAUCCGAAUCAAAUAUUUCCCUACAUAUGUCAUCUGUUCAUGUUAGAAGAUGCAUUUCAAUGAACCUGCUAUAAACCAAUAAAUAACCUCAAUUCUG